AGAAACAACGAUACGUAAUUUAAUAUAUUUCAGUUUUAAUUUGUCUGUCUGCAUAAGCUUUCGAUGAAAGUAUAGUGAAGCGUGUUUAACCGUCCGUACCUCAAUAUAACAUACAUGUUUUUAAAUCACUAUUGUAUUUUUUCAGAAAAAAAUUACAUACAAAUUUGGAAUUUAGCUCGGCCAUUGAUUUUUAAUCGAGUUUUGCUUUCUGACAGUCCAAUUCUCUUGCGGUUGGCGAUGUUUCGGAGUAUUGCUUAAAAUUAUCAAAUAAAUGUUAAAAUAACGCACAUUUUGGGGUUAGUUAUUGAGGUAUUUUACUUUUAAACGGGGUAUCUUUAAUUAUAACAGCACUGUAAGUAAUCCCUUAUUUUAGCCCAGCGCUUGACGCUGCGCGUUGUUUAGGGUGACUGUAACUAAUAACGACGCAUAUGUGACACAGAUGAUCGUAUUUUGUUAUGGAAAAGGCCACGCAGACCGUUCCCAGUGACUGUCCAAUCACAGAAGCUUCCAUCGCCACUUGCAGCCUCUGUGGUAGUGCUAUGCAAACUGACCUCUCAUCACGAGACACAUGGGGAGAUAAUACCAACUUCCCUAAGGGGACUAGAGACCCUUCGAGUCCCUUUGUCCAAAGCCUUCAGCACUCUGAAUGUCCUCAGAGUUCGGGGUAUCUGGGGCAGUCCAUGCGGCCGGAGCAAUCCAUGCAGCCGCAUGUGGAGCAGCGCCAGAGAGUGCAGCAGGAGCAGAGCAGGCUUCUGACUCUCUUCAGUCCAGAGAAUACGCAACCCAGAAACCUGACCCAUGUCGAAGAGGAUGUGACCCAAAAGGAGAGUUGCUUUUCUGCUCAGUCCUUUGGGGUACAGAGAAAGUAUUCCACCAGUCCCGAGGAGAGAUCCACUGGACCUGGAAUUCGAAUGGCAGAGAAAGCCUUUGAAAGGAGCUUAGAAAACCAUCUCAAGGUAGAUGGAGACCUCCCAGAGAAGCAGACGCAGGACGUUAAGGACACCAUAAUGGAGAAACAAUCCAUCCUAAAACAAGGGAAGGGGAGAUUACGCUUAAAUAUGGGUAAGGGCUGUUCAGUGAAGACCCAGAGGAGAACCUCCAUUAGCCUGCGUUCCCGUAAAGGGAGCCUCGCCGAUCAUCGUAGCUGCUUCACCGAUCACCAGAGGUGCUUCACCGAUCACCAGAGGUGCUUCACUACUCCCACCUCCCUACAGGUCUGGAAAAGAGACAAGCCAGUAAUAGACAAUGCUGUUUCUAAUGGCAGUUCUGACAUUUCCAAUGGGAAUAAUGCUCUAAAUAAGACUCGGGGCUCAGCUUCAGCCUAUAUAAGACCCAGAGGCCAGACAUCCACCAGAUCUUUUAAAGAUGGGAACUUCUGGAAGCAGAGAUGCCCUAGUGAUAGGGACCAGAUACAAGGAGAUCGAACGCAAGUGUCUGUAUUACCAGAGCCGCAGUGUAUCAAAUGCAGUACACUACAAACAGGGCGAAGAUAUCUUUUUGUCCGAGACAAGGACACUUAUCGGGAAAUUCCUCAGAGCACUUCAACAGAAGCUGAAUGCAUGUUUAAAAACAUGAAUGGCCACAUCGUUAGAGUCGUGAAUGGAAUGCCCCUUUCUACAGGCAAUCAGUCAGUUUACGAAAUCAGCGGUAAGAGAAGUUUUAGAAAAGAGUUAAACUGGACCACAGUGGGGGCCCGAAACUCUGUGUCCACAGGUGCAUCAAAUGGGGCCAGCGGUAAUGAGAAUGAGCAUCUCCAAGCUCCUUCCAGGCAAGGAUACGUGAACCGCCGGGGUAGUGACAGCGAUGAUGACGACUAUGCCAGUGACGCUCUGAGUGAGCAAGUUGAGGGGGCCACCUCCAGGGCUGAGAUCCCUGGCUCUGCAACCAGUGUCCUCAGUGACAGCAGUGAUGCAGAGCAGCUCAGCAUCCAGUGGCCUGAGUCCGUGGCAGGGACUCUGUAUGCAGUGCCAGUGCACAAUGGUAAGGAUCAUGCGUUAAAGCUGGACAAGAUGAAAGCAGAACAAGAGGAAGCUCUUUUUCUCUUCAGAAUUGAGUGUGAAAGAACAGAGGACCUCCACUGUGAACAGCAGAGAACAACUUCUGAAGAUGCUUUGCAUAAUCAAAUACCAGCUUCCUCCAUAGACAAUGAACUGCAGGAGCUAAAACGUGAAAUGCAGGCCCUAAAAGAACAACUGAAGCAGAGGGAGAGCCACUGGUCCUUAGCUCAUGGGCACCUGCUGAAACAAGUAGAGUCCCUCCUCAGGGAGAACACAAAACUCAAGGGCAAGCACGGAAUUCUGGAACAUCGCCGCCUUGAGACUCGGAGGCCUCAUGACGGUUCUCAUGAGCUAAGUGCAGAGACUGUGGAAAGAGGCCUUAAGGAGCCCAUGAAGGAAUCCCCCCAAGGUACUGUUGACAGAUCCCCUGUAUCGGCCAGCACUAGAAGUGCCGUACUGACGUCCCACAAGUCUCCGGUCCACCAGAGGGCAGCACAUGCCACCACAGAUUCAAAUGGUCACCUUCUUACAGACAGGAGUAAGGACCAGUCAUUCCCGUUCACAGGAAAGACGACUUUGAUUUCAGAAUGCGCCGAGCAUACUCCAAAGUCAGACAGCUGCAACAUGCUCAAUAGCAACACCAACGGGGACGAAGAACACCAGACAAAAAUAGGGGCGUACCCCCAGCUUAAUGAGACAUCCAAUGAGCAGCUGGCAGCGUCAGCCAGCAAUAUGGCAUCCUCAGGGUCUCAGCGCCCUCAGCUGAGGAGAGUGCCUGGACAUGAGUUUAUACAUUCAGUAAGCAAGCAUGACAGAGUGCUUGAGGAAACUCGCCACCGAGAUGGAAAGACGGAGUGGCUCUAUUCUAGUGGGCGCCGAGUAAUUGCAUUCCGAGACGGAGCUAAGAAGGAGAUAUCUGCAGACAGAAAGUCCAGCACUGUCACCUACUUCAAUGGAGAUGUCAAGCAUAUCCUAGCAGAUGAAAAGGUGGUUUACUACUAUUCCAGUACACCGACAACGCACACUACUUAUCCAAGUGGCCUCGAGGUCCUUCAGUUCCCGAGCAAACAGAUAGAGAAACAUCACCCCAGUGGUGUAAGAGAGAUUAUUUUCCCUGACCAGACAGUCAAGCAUAUCUUCCCUGACGGUCGAGAGAAGAGUGUCUUUCCAGAUGGCACUGUAGUGACGGUUGCAAGGAAUGGUGACAAGACAAUAGAGUUCACUAGCGGUCAGCGGGAGAUCCACACAGCUCAGUUCAGGAGGAGGGAAUACCCAGACGGAGCUGUGAAGACCAUCUAUACAACAGGACAUCAGGAAGCAAAGUAUCCACAGGCAGAGCCUGCAGGAAAACCAUAGAUGCGGUGGCUGUUAUGGAUAAGAAAUUAAACUAGCAAAUAAGAGCGUCUUUUGCUUAUUUUCUAAUACUAGGUAGACAAAUGGGGAUACAACAAUGGAAACAUCUAAGAAUAGAUUCAUACUCAUUGACCAUAUUACUUCUUUCUAUAGCUAAUACUGGGUCCCAAAGGUGCUGAUUCAGUGCUGUGACUGUCAUUUCUAAGGCAAUACGAUUAUGGUGUCUAGCAGCUACCCACUGCGUGUCUAUCCCUGUUGGUGAACUUCGACGUGCAACUACUGUUCUACUACAGUUUUAGAGAGCGGUGCGCCUGCAUUUCAGGCACUACCUUCAGAUUCAUCUUCUGAUCUCUGUCAACUGCCCCAGGUAGUUUUUAAUGCUCACAAAUCAAAGUUCAGCUCACCACGCCUCUUUUACAGCUGACACACAUCGAUAAGCGGCAUCCAGCCUGAUUUGACUCACCUUUACAGCUUUCGCUAAUUGUUACUUAGUCACUUCAAGGUUAAAGUCCCUUUGAAGUCGGUGUUUCCGUUAUUUUGUCUGCUCCAAAUAUUUCAGUAUUGUUGGAAUUAAACUUUAUAUCUAAUGGUAUAUUUCACUAUUUUCACACAGCACAAAAGAAUCACCACCAUCCCUCUUCCUUCUAUAUUUACAGCACUGAGAAACUUGCGUUCCUCAAAACUUUUCAUUAUUUAUGAGAUUGUCGCACUUUCUGUCUUGCUAGUAGGACGACGCCACAGCAUUGGGUGAACUUUUGACUAGGUGACCUACUUCUGAUAGCACUUAUAAGAUAAAAGGACUCCCCCCAUCGAAUAAAUCUCGUGUGCACAUAGCUUCAAUUCAUCUUCACUUUGUUUUAAAACAAUUUGUAUAUACAGUUGGUCAAUGCCUCUCCUGUCUCCUAGGAAUCACUAUCAGACAGAUCAUUAACAGCAAUGAAAUUCUUUAAACCUACUACACUACAAUGCAUUGGCUUCCCAAUAUUCAACGGAACACACAUUUCACUGUACUGCAAUAUGUCUCUCUUUAUAAGUUGCCUCAGACCCUUACUAUACCUACCAUUGUGCCAGUACAUACUAACAUAUUCAAAUUAUUAACCAGUUCAGCAGCCGAACACGUUUUAAUGCAUCUUGAAAUAAUUUCAGAUUAUAUCUUUCUUGACACCUGAUCUCUUCAUAUUAUCUUUUCUGGUAUGAAGUUAGCAUUUUAGUA